GAGGUGGACUCAGCUCUUCUUAUGCGUCCCGAUGUGCUGAGAGCUGCUGUUUCAUUUCACCUACUGCCUGCGAGCAGCCUAGUCAUUGCUCCGUCGGUUUAGGUUUGACCUUUGGAUCUUUUGAUGAAAACUGACAUUUUUUUUUUUAUACUCGAUUUGUGUUGUUAGUUUACCCAAAGCCUCACCGGGGAGAGAGAGCACUCCAGGGCGGUGAAGAGAGAAGUUUAAACCCCCCAGCUACUUGCGCGAGGAGACGUCGGAUAUCACGCCUCCACACCGUUAUAGUUUGAUUUUUUUUUGUUUUUGUUUAUGUUGUGUGGGGGUUAUCGUUAACUUCAGUGAAGUUUUAUCUGCCAAGAGAAAGGACACACAUCAUCCGCCCGGCAUCAUGACUCGGAGAUCCUGUGCCAUUUACGCCACCGGGAUCGUGUGCGCUCACCUCCUGAUCGUGGGGAUCGCCCUGGUCGUGGCUCAAGUCUUCCAAACAAUGAUUCAUAGCCGGCUAAAAAAGGAAAUGACUUUGACUGAGAAGAGCCAAGUGUUCGAGGCGUGGAAGAAUCCACCUCCACCUGUUUACAUGGAGUAUUACUUCUUCAAUGUGACCAAUCCAGAGGUGUUUUUGGCAGGAGGGAAGGCAUCUGUUAAACAGAUCGGACCCUACACUUACAGGGAAUACAGGCCGCGGGAAAACAUAACCUUCCUGGAGAACGGCACCAAGAUUUACGCCCUGAACCCCAAAAGUUUUGUGUUUGUGCCCGAGAAAUCAGCUGGCGACCCUGAGGUUGACAUCAUCAGGACCGUCAACAUCCCAUUUGUGGCGGUGAUGAACGAGCUGAACUCCUACUCCUUCUUCCUGCGAACUUUUGUGUCAAUGUACAUGAACAGUCUGGGCAUCGAGAUAUUCAUGACCCGCACUGUCCACGAGGUCCUGUGGGGCUUCAAAGACCCUCUCCUCUCAAAGGUCCACUCCUUGAAGCCAGAAGUGGACGAAUAUUUUGGGCUGAUGUGGAAGAAAAAUGGCACCCAUGAAGGAGAGUUUGUGUUCCACACUGGUGAGGAGAACUACAUGGAUUAUGGAAAGAUCGACACAUGGAACGGCCUGAGGGAGAUGUCAUGGUGGUCCUCCAACCAGAGCAACAUGAUCAAUGGUACAGACGGAGCGGUUUUCCACCCUCUUAUAAACAGGAACGAGCUGCUCUACAUCUUCGCUGCUGAUCUCUGCAGGUCGAUCCAUCUGGCCUACGUGAAAGAUGUGGAGGUGAAAGGCAUCCAGGCGUACCGUUUUGCCCCUCCUAGUGACGUCCUGAUGAGCCCCAAAGAGAACCCCACUAACGAGGGCUUCUGCGUGCCUGCUGGAGACUGUCUCGGCACUGGGGUGCUCAAAGUCAGCGUUUGUCGAGAAGGUGCUCCCAUCGUGGUGUCUUUCCCCCACUUUUAUCAAGCGGACCCAAAGUACAUUAAUGCUGUGGAAGGACUCAGCCCCAACAAGGAGGAGCACGAGACGUACCUGGAUCUGCAACCGACCACAGGAGUUCCAAUUCGUGCCUGCAAGAGAGCUCAGCUCAAUAUCAUCCUGAAGCGAGUUCAAGGCUUCCCCAAAACCAAGUUCAUCAAUGAGACCAUUUUCCCUAUCAUGUUCGUCAACGAGACGGCGACCAUUGACGAUGAAUCGGCAUCCCAGAUGAGGACGCUGCUCCUCAUCGUCACUCUUGUGUCAAACUUCCCCUUGCUCAUUGUGGGCAUGGGCAUCAUCCUGCUGCUGGUGCUCGUCAUCUUGUUCUGCCGAAACCGCCAGAAGAAGAGCGAAGUAAAACGUAUUGAUUUUACUGAAGCUUUUCAUUCUUUUACUACGGUGAAAGAUGACACAGCGUACACUCAGGUCAGCGACAAACCCGACGAGCCGUCAGAAACUCCUGCCAGCCAGCCGAUGAGGAACGGCUCGUACAUUGCCAUGUCUCCAGUGGAGGCCCAGAAGUGUUGAUCGAGGAUCCUCCUCCCAUUGUGUGGAGCUCAGGAAAGGGGGCUGGGGGAGCAGCACAUGGGUGUUACAUUACCACGGGUGGGGGGUUUGGAUACACAGAGGUGUCAUUUUGGCGGGUGGGGGAGGAUAGGUAAAGGGGUGGGACACAAGCCCCCAGUAAAUGUUUAGUAAACAAAGACAAUGCUCCCCUCAUCUUAAGACUUUCUGCCCUCAUCCUACUCUACCUGCUGAGCAUGGCCCUCACUGCCUGCCGUACUGCAACACAACCCGCACUCACUCUCCACAUACUUUCCGUCCUGGUCGGCCCGAAAGAUGAAGGGACUCUUGGUGGGCUAGGCUGGGACAAGCCUUUUCCCCCUUUUAUUCUUCCCAGGGAACUCGGUAGCAGCAUCGAUGUUUCUGUGUUUUGCAGAUACAUGAACUCAAAAGUGUUCAUAGUUUUCACCUGAACAUCAGUUGAUGGUGCAACCAUUGUAUUCUCGCUCUGCAUAGGUUCUUGUGUGAGGAGAAAACAAGCCAACAGAAUUACAAUUCCCCCCCCCCCCCCCCCCAAACAUAAAGAUGAAUCCUUUACCAGGAGAAAACACUGGGUUCCCUGGCUCAAAGGAUAAAACAUUUUUUCAAUAAGCAUAUCCUUUUGUGAAGAAGAAAAAAAAAAAGACUGAGCCAAACCAUUUGAUGAAGUUUUGCCUUUUUGUUCCUAAGAAGAAGAAUUAGUGAAACCACCCAGACGCAAACACACACCGACCGCACUUCAAGUAUCAGUUAGUAAAUGUGUGUGUACCUUUUGAUAAAAACGUCACUGUCUCUGUAUCUUGAUGCAGGCACAGUGUACUGCGAUGUACUUGUGAUAUUGAACACACCCUUCUCUCCUUGUUUUGUUCGGCUUCACCUGUUUUUCCUAGAACACUAGUUUAAAAACGGAAACUAUCAGAGAGCACAGCGACAUUUCCAAGUCAUCACUUGUGAAAGUUGAUGUCUGAAUUAGCUGUGAAAGGUUGACAUUUCACCUUUCUCUAGGCUUUAUCACACGUUUAAAGCAAAAAUGGAAGAAAAAAAACCACACCCACAAGAACUUACAAGGGAGACUUGAACCUGCUUUCUGCCUUAUAACGGUUCAACGUGUUCUUAUUGUUCAUGCAUAGUUCAAAUAAGCUGGAAAAACUCUUCUGUCAUUAUUGUACAUAUGUAAAGGGGAAAUGUUGAGAUACCUCUGACCAAAAUCCAGCAAGCAGUCCUUCUAGGUGUGCUGAAAGACACUACAGUUGCUCUGGUGUCGACCGCUCCUGCACGUCUACACUGUUGCCGAUUAGCAAAAGCACAAUUUGGAUUGUUAAAACCAGUCCUCACACAAGGCGACCAUUUUCUUUGUCCUACUGUUAUACAUAUUUACAGGUGAUCUGUCAAAGACACUGUCAAGUUCUGUGACUAUAUAAAGAAAAAGUGGAAUACUUUGGGUUUUUGAGGGAGCCUUGUGUGCACCACUCGCUGCUGUGCAGUCAUUCAGUUUGCCAAGGAGCUGUAGACAUUCAGGCAAAACAGAAAAAAUUCAGCACACAGCACUUGAAUCACUGUUUGUCUUAUGUUUUAUGAUGUAUUUUCUUUUCUCAGUCUGCCACACUUGCUAAAGAGAAAACAAAACAAAACACAGUAGUUACAAUGGGAAGUGAAUUUAAGGCCAUAAUACUGUCAACAUGGAGAAUUCCCUGCACUUUGCCUGGAAAAUUGUGCCCUUUUUUUUUUGUCUUGUGUAUGUUUCUGUCCUUAUUGUUUCAAUGCAGGUGGUCCAUAUGUUCAGUACAUUUCAAUGGUUUGUCCUCACUAGUAUUGGUUAUGAUGGAUGCUGUUGUGAAAGAGACACACAUCCACACCUCUGUGUUACUUGCUUUUCAGCCCACGGAGUGUCUUCUUUUUUGAUAUUCUUUUGUAUUUGUUAUUGCUGCUAAAAAAAAAUGCCAUAACCUAUGGACUUGUAUUUGUAUAUGGUGUAUGAACAACCAUUUGCUCGUCUUCAGGUUGAUCCACAGGGUCUCAAUUCUUAGACCUUCUGUGCUUCCAGCCCAUUUAACACCUGAGCACAGAGAUACAAAGCCCAAAGCUUGCUGCCAUUUAUUGGAAUUAGCAGUUAGUUAGUUAUCAAACUUUAACCACUCAUUCCGCUGUUAGCAGACGAUUCGACCGUAUCACACGUAUCGUUGGGGUUUAUUGUUGGAGGAGUAAACUUUUUUUUAAGUCGCUUGAGGUGCACAAAAAGGGUGAGCAGCUUCAGCACCACCUCAGCUAGGUGUCAGAAGUCAGUGAUUCUGGGAUUAUUAACACUGUGGUGGAGUUUUCCUUUGAAAGUAUUCCUUUAAAUCAAUUCACUAAAGGCCUUUUUAUUCCACCAUUUGCACAGGCAGCCACCGCCUUGUGCAAACUCGUAGUCCAUCAUUAGCCACCUUUUUAAACUUGAACCUGAGAGACCUUAAUCCCUGAGUCCUGUGUGUGUGUGUAUAGUGUCUGUUCAAACACACACCUGAGCCAUCACUGUCUGACUUCUACUAUUCUGACCUUUGAGUCCCGAUCUAUCAAGCCCAUUGGCUCGUCCCUGCUUGACCAAAGAUAACCCACAUAGAUCUACCCCAUCGCCGUGUUUACUCUCUCUGCGAUAAUGGCUAUGCCACAUAACCACCGCCUACUUUUUCAUUUCCUUCUUUAAAAAAAAAAAAAAAAAAACGUGCCACCAAUUACAUCAAGUAUUUGAAGAAGUUUCGUGUGAGCUUGAACUGAAAUGCAUGAGUGUAUGUGCCUUCUUACACCAAGGCAAGAAAAAAAAAAACAUUUCAAUGUCGGUAGUUUGAGGAGUAUUGCUUUUUUUGUCGCUCAAUGCAAGAGCGAACAAAAGUAGUCCAUGUUCCUUGCGAGCAGAUCUCAGUAUUAUGUAAGACAAAGCAAUACAGAAUUGUGUGAAAUUGUUUUUAAGGGGCCACACAAUAUUUAUGGUUUUUGUUCUGAAUUUGUUUUUUAUUAGGUUCACUUGUGUAGAAGUAUUUCUUUUUUCUGUAAAUGAUUGAUUUUUAAAAACUAAUAUUCAGCACAUUUCAUUUGUAUUAUUUGGAAGUGAAAAAAAAAAAAAAGUGUAAAAUCUGGUCCAGUAUUUCACACUGGAAGCUGUGGGAGCCCUGUAAAAUGAUGUUUGUAAAGAGUGUUCAUGAAUGGUUGAGUUUGUUUGUGUUGGACGAGUAUGAGAACUUGUGAGAGUAAAACUUGUGUUUGUGGAGAAAAUGCACCAUUUCUAUCAAAGUGGAGUGAUUUAUACUGGAAGGCUGAUUAUCUUGAUGACUGAGUAAAGUAUUGAUGCUGUGUACCUAUCUAGAUGAAUGAAGCCCUCCUUCAGGAAUGAGCACUUGUGCCAUACCAUACUUUUAAUUGUUUUUGUUUUUUUCCCCCUUAAUUUCGAUCUUUGGUGUAACAACUGCAUCUCCCCGUUUCAAUUUUCUGAAGUCACUAACAGACCUUUCCUCUUCAGAUAUACUCGUUUGUUUUGCUGCUGAAAAUGACAAUCCUUGUUGUCAUGUAAGGUGCAAAAUGAAUUCAAAGUAAUAUCGAUUUUUAGUUUUGAUAAUUUACACUGCACAAAUGUUUCUACAGUGCUUUUGUAAACAUUUCUAGUGUAUUUGCAGAAAAAUAAAAGUUGCUAUCAAGUGCAAACGAA